AUGGCGAGUCCGUGUGCAUCAGGGUUUUGGAUGUGGGUGGUUAUGGUGCUGACAGCAACGACUGCGACAGUCACCGGGCAAGGUACGUGUCCAAUAGCAGGCUAUGCCAGUUUUAACGGAGUUUGCUACAAGGACUUCCCUGACCCGAAGACGUACGACGAGGCUAAACAGACGUGUGCCGCAGACGGGGGACUGCUCGCCAUGCCGAAGAAUAGCGCGGCCAACACUUACAUCCACAAUCUAGGAGGAGCAGGAGUACGCUGGAUCGGGCUGACUGACACCGACAGGGAAGGCCGGUGGGUAUUUGCUGACGGCCAAACACUUGCGUCAUCCGGCUAUACCAACUGGAACUCCGGUGAGCCAAACGAUGCUGGCAGGAUCGAAGACUGUGCCGAGUUGUAUGGUUCCACGCACGGCUGGAAUGAUGCCCAGUGCAGCCUCGCCAAAGGAUUCAUCUGCCAGCUAGUCUUUACAGCCAAUCCUCAAUGGGUAGACGUUUUUUCAACCGUGAAAGGAACAGGACAGACUGUUUACGACGCCUGGAGAACUAAUGGACAAGUCAGCCACAACAAGUGCCCAGUUGUAGACCAAUGGGAAUCGCUUAACAUCCAGCGGGUGAAGGUUGUGUUGGAGUCCUCCGAAGGAAAUAGAGAGCUGAUUUUUGAUGGGAGGAACACUGACAGGUUCAACUGGUUCUCCAAGUCUCGUCUGCUCUCAUCUCCUUGGAACGACAUUAGCGCCGAGCCUCAAAACGUCUUCUCGAUCGAAGGAAGCCAACAUGUGAAAAGGUCUUUUCACAUCAAUCGCAACUGGGGUGGUUGCCCCCAAGACGCUGGUUGGCUUGCGGUGGCCGACAUCGGUCCGCGCGGAAUAUGCGAAUGGGAGCGAGCUCCGGAAGAUCAGCUGCCUUACAUUCGCUUUUCUAAAACUACAGGCUACGCUAACUACAACGGGGGUGAUAUUGCAACGGCCGAUCGGAUGGUCAUCUACAUCGACACGCCCGGAAAAAACGUGCUGUGCUCCUGCCCUGCUGGACAGUCUCUUAGUGAAGAUGGCACCCGGUGUGAAGGGUGUCCAAAAGCAGGCUAUUCCAGCUUAAACAGAGUUUGCUACAAGGACUUCCCUGACCCGAAGACGUACGACGAGGCUAAACAGACGUGUGCCGCAGACGGGGGACUGCUCGCCAUGCCGAAGAAUAGCGCGGCCAACACUUACAUCCACAAUCUAGGAGGAGCAGGAGUACGCUGGAUCGGGCUGACUGACACCGACAGGGAAGGCCGGUGGGUAUUUGCUGACGGCCAAACACUUGCGUCAUCCGGCUAUACCAACUGGAACUCCGGUGAGCCAAACGAUGCUGGCAGGAUCGAAGACUGUGCCGAGUUGUAUGGUUCCACGCACGGCUGGAAUGAUGCCCAGUGCAGCCUCGCCAAAGGAUUCAUCUGCCAGCUAGAAUGCGCGGAAGAAAAAGCCAUCUGCUCUGCAUGGGGAGAUCCACACUUCACGACAUUCGACGGAAACACACAUCAUUUUCAAGGUCCUUGCAGAUACACGUUCGCCAAGGACUGUGGAAACAGCAGCGAUUUUGAUGUAGAAGUACAACAGGUUCCAUCAACCUGGAACCCAACCGUUUCAUACGUGCGUUCAGUGUACGUGACAGCAUACGGGUACGAAAUCGGGAUUCUUCAAGGCAAAGUUGUGACAGUGACAGGACCGCCGCCCACGCCUCCCUUCACCGCCACGCCUCCCUUCAGCCUAGCAACGGGCAGGAUCGAGGUCACCCUGAGCGGCAUGUAUGUCCGAGUAGAGCUGACAGAGUUGUGCGUGGUGAUUCUCUACGAUGGGGUUGAAAGAGUUGAGGUGAAGAUUCCGAGUAGCUACCAGAAUAUGAUGUGUGGACUGUGCGGGAACUACAACGGUAUAAGGAACGAUGACUUUGAGUUACCGAAUGGAAACAUCGUCUCGAACGUGAAUGAGUUCGGGAAUGGUUGGGAGACCGGCAGCAAUGCUUGUUCUGGUGACCGUCCUACCGGUGAACCCCCGACUGAAGGACCGUGUGACCCGAACUAUACGGACCCGUGUAACGUGCUUACAGACACAAACGGUCCGUUUGCUGCUUGCCAUGGCGUUGUGGAUCCUCAGAUUUACUUGAACAGCUGCGUCUUCGACCAGUGUGCAACGCAGGGCCAAGGAGGGUUCCUCUGUGCGAACUUGAAGGCUUACUAUGCCACCUGUAGGGGCGCCGGCGUGUCUCCGUUCGAUUGGAGGACGCCAGACCUCUGUCAUUCCCGUUGCUCCAUUAAAACAACGGACACCACCUACCGAUACCGAUGGGAUGUGCCCCAGCUUACGGGAACGCGCUUCACGUUUGAAGUAUCAGUCAACAACGAUGCCCACAUCGGCCUGUCACCAGUUAACAACGAUGUUGCAGACAUGUAUGAAAUCGUCAUCGGCGGGUGGACGAAUACAAGAUCAGCCAUACGCCGAAUACCGCAAGGCCCCGACCUCACAAAUGUCCCGACACCAGCUAUCAACUCGCCAACGGAAUUCAGGACCUUUUGGAUCAACUGGGCUUCAGACGGAACCAUUUCUGUCAGAAAGGGGGGUGUCGCUGAGCCGUUUAUGUCGUGGAGGGAUCCCAACCCGCUUCGCGUCUCCUAUGCUGGGUACUCUACAGGCUGGGGCAGCACUGGGCGUUGGAAGUUCUGCUCUACCGAAGGGAUCUCGGGGCUGACCAUCGACGAUGCCGGAAUUGGUCAUCUCAUCGUUUCCUGGACAGUUGUGGGGAAUCUUCCGGUCUCGCGCUACAGGCUCCGCUACCAGCCGGCAGACGGGUCGGUCUCGUACCAGGACCUCUCCCCCGCACCAGAAGUGGGAGCUACCUUGGCAACGGUACAGGGACUGCAGCCAGACACUGAAUACACCUUCACGCUGACUUCUUUCGACGAGGAUGACCAGCCAAACGGGGAGAUCAACGGCACAUACACCACAGAUUCGGUUGUGGUGAACGUACAGUGCGACCAGGACAGUAUGAGUCUGUCCAUCCCCCGUGCGGCACUACUGGCUGUGAAUGUGGAGGACCUACACCUGCUGGACCCGGACUGUGGAGCCACUGAGGACGAAGAUGUCUUUAAGUUAGAGACACACCUUCAGGAGUGCGGAACCAGACAGGAGACCUCAGGAGAUGACAAAUUCAUCUUCUCCAACGAAGUCAUUGCCAACCAAGUGACUCACGACAACGGCGCUGUGCGUGGCCAGCCGGUAAACCUGCCCUUCCACUGUGAGUUCCUCCGUCAGCGCGUUGUCUCGGGCAGAGCCAUCAUGUAUAACAUCCCCCCUCCUCGUCUUCGAAUCGUUGACGCGAACAACAGUUUCACCAUAGAGAUGCACAUGUACACUUCGGAAGACUUUGUUGCAACCUAUGAGAGUUCUGACUUCCCAGUUCAGGUCGUACCAUCUGACCGUCUUCACUUCGGCCUGAGUGUUGCGUCACCGCUGGACAACCUGGAGCUGUUCGCCCGUGACUGUGUCUCCACCCCCACCACCAACCCUGACGACACUCCUAGCGUCAACAUCAUCGACGAUGGCUGUCAGGUUGAUCAGACUCUACAGAAGGACGAUGACCUUUCUAACGACAAGGCCCUGUACUACAGCGUGGACGCCUUCACGUUUCCCAACGCUCUCAACCCCAGCCUGGUGUACUUCCAUUGCACCAUGAUCAUCUGCUUCAAGGACGACCCUGACUCUCGGUGCAAACAGGGCUGCAUUCCACCAGCACGGCGCAGACGAGCCGUCUCGGACGGGACGGAGGGCAGGGUUCGCCGGGAAAGCAGCAGGGACCACGAGGCAAAAAUCACCCAAGGACCGUUCAAGGUGCAGUCCGGAGAAGGAGCAGGACCAGCUGGAGUGCCGCUGGGUACCGCGGUGGGAGCGGCUGUUGGAGUUGCCGGGAUCAUGGUGCUUCUGAUCGUGGCCGUGGUUCUGGCGAAGAAACGGGGCGGCCUGACCUUACGGAGGAAGAAGCGUGAUGACGACACUGUCGGACUUGACAACUACGCAUACCAGGCUUGGGGAAAGAUGAACAAGACUGGCAUUGCUGACACCAAAGCCUAG